GGGCGGAGCAGGGUGAAAUUAAGGUCGCGGCGCAGUUGGGGAUGCAGGCCGGGAUGUCUGCCUGAGCCCCUCGGAAUGUACAAGGAGCUGUCGGGCAGAAUAGAAACGCCUGUGGACACACACUGUGAAUUAAUGGUGACUCACAAAGUGUCAGACCUCCCCACAUGUCUUGAAGAAAAAUAUUCAUUAGGUGAAUCCAGCACGUCCUGUGAAGAAGUACUUAACACUAAUGACAUGAAGAUGUCUGAAGUUUCCAAAGUCAUGACUAAAGCUGAAAUCAAACCAAAAUCUAUGCAUCGUGCCAAAAUAUGGUCAGAUGAUGUAGAGAACUUAUACAGAUUUCAGCAAGCUGGAUACAGAGAUGAGGUGGAAUAUAAACAAGUAAAACAAGUUGAUAAGGUAGAGUGCUGGCCAGAAACUGGAUUUGUUAAGAAACUUCAGAGAAGGGACAAUACAUUCUAUUAUUACAAUAGGCAAAGAGAAUGUGAAGACAAAGAUGUCCGUAAAGUGAAAAUUUAUGUGUAUUAGUGUUGUUACUGUUCUGGUUGGUUUGUUUUUUAAGUUGUUUCUUAAGACCUGCAAGUAAAUGAAUUGUGUAAUCUGUUGUCUUAAGUAUCCAUGUCAUGCUUAGAUAGAAAGGUGAGUACUGGAAAUGUAGGGAAGCCUGAACUAUAGAGAUAGAAACUUUACUUUUUCUUCCUAUAACCAAAAGUCUUAUUAUUCCUCAUUUUCCUGGUUACACGUGCUUCGACAUAGAUCUAGAAAGCUGGUAAAUGGGCAUCAUAUAUUUCAGUUAACUGUAUAACAUCCAUUGUAAAUAUAGGCAUCAGUCUUUAUUCCAAACAAUAUAAUCUUGUUGACACUGGUUGAUGUCACCCACAGUCUCUUGAUGUAUCUAAGGGUUAUGAGACUCCAAAGGGCCAAAGUGAGGCCAGAGCACUGACUUAACAUUUCCUUGGAGCAGAGCAAGAAAAACAAGCAAAGAAUUUAAGUGAAGGAUGCUGAACAGUCAAGUAACAAUGGCCAGUGCUGAGCUGCAGAUAUAAAAGCUGAUUAUUGUGAUAGAAAGAGUGACAACAGUAAUGUCCUUUUGUCUAUCUCCAAAGUGUUUUUGUCAGGUGUCACUAUUAAUUACUCAAAGAGGAAGUAUUAAUUGACUUAGUAGCAUAUGCCUUCUUGCAGGGCUGGAUUGUAGAUUCACAGGUGUUGGGAGCAUGCAGUAUAAAACUCCAGGGGAACAUGAAAUCCACGCUCAGGAAUAUUCAGGGGAAAAUGACAUACACAGAUGAUAUGUGGAUUUCUGGGCAGAAUUUAUCUCAUCUAUCUUCUAAUGUCACAUUAUCAAAGGGGCACAAUUUUUUCCUUUUAAGUGCAGCUAUGUAACAUUUUCUUUGAAUGUGCUGCUGUAACAUCAGCUCUGCAGUAGCUGCCCAUACCUGGGCUAUUGAGACACUCAAUGAAGAUGAGAGACUGUACUUACCUUCACUCAUGAGGGGAUUUAAUUAAACUCUUGAUAACUGACCAGUAGAACAGAUUGUUUUUAUGUAAACCAGUAGGUGUGUUUGUGGUAGUUACAAACAAAUUGUUAUUAAUAUUUCCUAUCUCUAGUCUGUUGACCAAGGUUAUCUAAACUUAGUUUUAGGCAUGAACUAGCAGUGUCUUAUGGAUGUUCCUAAUUUAUUUGAGCCUAAGGUGGAGGCAGACUUGAGAAACAGAGGACUUACAGCUCCCAGUCAAAAUAAAUAAUAUGGGUGCAAUAUAUAAAAGACCUCAUUGACAAUGAGUGGUGAUGAUCUCAUCCUGUUUAGACUACUUGGAAAGUUUUAGCUUAAAUUUGUAUGAGCUCUGUUAGAGAAAUGACUGAAAGGUACUCUGAAGCAACCAUAAAACUUAUAUUCCCAGAAGGUUUUAAUGGCAUAUAAAGAGAGAGUUACUGCAAUGUAGAAAAAUAAAGCAUUGCUACAAUGAAUGUCACUUCAGCUUUUCAUUAUGAUUUAUUUUAUGCUUGGAGUGCUCUGGAUGUACUUUUUUACGACAGGACUUUUUGCCUACUUUGCAGUUAAAUAGUGGGAACAGAAUAAUUACCAGAUAACCCAUCUAUUUUGUCAUUUCAGUUUAGUGGAUCUCACUUUGUUAUAGAUUUCUAAAAACAAAAUGGACAUGAAAACAGCCUUUAAAGAAUUUCACCAAAAAUAUAGAUGUGUUGUAUAGCCAGCUCAAAUUUAUUGUAAGAAAUUAUUGCUAUCAGCACACACAGAAGAAGUAAGAACAUUUGGUACAGCCAUUUUCUCAGUCUAUAAAAAAGACAUAGUUGGGCAUUCGAGAGCAGGAAUUAAAACUGCAGGUAACUUUUUAUGAUUUAAUGUGGAUUUUUUUCCCUCAAUAAAGAUUUUUAAAAGUUGAAACACAUAUAAGAGAUUAUUCUGGAAUUUCCUCAUUUUAUCUGACUAGUACUCAAUAUUUUUGCAAUAUUGCUGGAUGCUUCUGUCCGUAUUUUAAAACUAUGAGUGUGCAUUUCUUGCAGCCAAUGGCUAUUUCACUUCAAAGAGUAGCAUGGGAAUUCAUGUUCCAGUUUAUAUGAGUUGACAGAUCCUUUCCACUUCGAGAGAGUGAAAUAUCUAGAUAUUACUUGCAUUUUUCAGCAUUGUCACUGUGAAAAAGGUUGAAUGUCACUGUGAUAUUUAAAAGAUUCACAGGAUGAAAAAGAAAGACAAGCCUUGUAAUUAGUAAGACCAGUUUACAGAGAUGGCCUUUGUCAAUACUGUGGUGAAUUUGGGAGUUCUCUCAGCUCAUUAGUGAAACAGCAAGUUUUGUAUUGGCAGUGUUGGUUUCAGUUAUAAUUGUCCUUUGACACCCAGCUCAUGCUAAACUUAAGGUAAUGUGACCUGUCCUCCAGCCUGCCAAAGUUCCUCCUGACGGGGCUUUGGCUUUCAGCUGUGCUGGCUGAGUGUGAACCUGAUACUUGAGCACCAACAAGGUUUCCUCUGCUGCCUAUGUGCUGGAUGUAUCUCUCAUAAAAGAACUCCAUGUUUUCUCUUAUCUGAUACAUCUGUAACUGAAAUAUUCUUACCUCAGUUUUAAGCAGGUGGAGAACACUGAGCUCAUUUGUCCCUUAAGCUUAUGAAGAAGUAUCAGAAGUAAGCAAUUUGAGGAAGCUGUGCUUCAUUUAAGGGUGACACAGCAGUACUUAUCAACAUAAAUAAUUUCUGAACAUCAUUAUGCAAACUCUUUUACUGAAUUUUAAAGAUCUAAACAUCAUAUCUCAAGUUUUAUUGCCUAGAGAUGAAAAUACAUGCUAUUUUUCUGAUUUGAGUCGUAGUAAUUCUGUAAAAAAAUACUUUCCCAUCUACUUAUCUGUUGGUAUUUCUCUUAUCGGGGAAUACUAUACUGCUGUCAAUGGCCAUUUGCAGCAGCUCAAGGAAUGGCUGGUGGCAAGGCUCUCUGUUAGCUUGCAGCUGCCUAAGCCUGAUCUACUUGGUCUAAUUCUAAUUCCCUUCAUAGCUUUGUACAAGAAGAAUAAAUCCUUUCUGUGCCUGUUGAAGCUCACAAGAGUAGGGAAAACAAAAUUCCAAGACCUACUUUUCAGGCUUUGUGUUUGACUGCUUCAAGUGAAAUGGCAAGAGUCAACCUUUGGUGUUCUAGGCUGGUGAUCUCUGUUUUUCAGGCUUUACUGGAAUCAUUAUGGAACAGUAUUUUCUGGAAGUGAUACCAUGGCUGUUUGAUUGUUUUGCAGUCACAGCAGCUCAAAGCUCCACACAGAAGGAUGGUAGAAGUGUUUUGAUUUUCACUUAGGCACCUGAAUGCACAGUUGUUUUUCCAUCUCUGAAGACAUUGAACCUCAACCUUUUGGUUUUCAAAUAUGGUUCCAUUGUUUCAAAGUGUUGAAAAUAGUUGGCCUCAAACUCAUUAAAAACAACUUUCUAACUCAGCAGCUGUUGGUGCUGCUUUUCCUCACAUUGUCAAUACAAAUGGAGGCUGGAAUGGAGUUCUCCUACAUUCCUUGCAGGUUCUCUCCUGGUUGCAUUGAAUUUAUCUUGUUCUUUGGAUCUGCUUUCUCAGUAGUCUGCCUGUGCUAAGCACCUCUUGGCAACUGUAAUUACUUUAAAAAACAGGGGUUUUUUUUGUUGUUGCAAUUGAGACUUUAUAUUUAAUUUAAGUCUGAAGCAUAGCAUCCUCACAAACAGCAUUUGCGAUGGUGACUAGGGAAUGUCUACUAACAGCAGAGUUCCAGGGUGGCACCCAAAAAAUCACUGCAACAUAACUUUGAACAAACAUAAUCAUUUUUAUGGAUGCUUUGUUCUGCCACUGUAUUUAUAUCUCUCAGUGUUGAGACAGAAUAUCUUUGCUGCUUGUUGCUUUUGUGGCUCUUUUCCCCCUCAAUACUCUUCUACAUUUUCUGCCUUCACAGGCACUCCACACUCAUGGAUCCCUUGGAAACCCUGUCCAGUGUCCUCUAUUCUGGCUCCCUCAACCAGCCCUGGCUCAGACCUUGAGUCUUUUCCAGGGGAGGCACACAGCAAAGGUAAUCAAGGAUGGGGUUUAAUAAGAAGGCAUGGGCUGCAUCCAUCAGGGGCCAGCCAGGUGAUUGUCCUGCCCAAAUGCUUGCUGUCAUGUCUGAUCCCUCCAGCCUCCUUCCUUGUCAUCUUCCCAAGCUUCUUCCACCCUGAUUCUUCCCUUCCUGUGUCUUUAAUCAUUUCCAUAAACAUCAUGUAGUAAGUUUUGUUCAGUCCCCCAAGCUCCCUCAAAUACUCCUCUAAUUUCACACUAACCAUGUUUUCUCUAUCUUAUCGGUUACAAUAUCGAGGCAGAUCCUCUCCAAAGCCAGAACAGCUCCUUGAAUAGCCUAGCAGUCAGUGCCUGUCGAGCUCUGACUUCCCUUCUUGUCUCUCUGAUCUCAUUAAUGGUUGUGUGCCUGUGUGUUUAAAUCACCGCUUUCCUCGUUAUUUGUUAUUUCUGUGAUACAGAAUAACCAAACAACUUACUGAAGCAGGUGCUCCCGGUUCCACUCGUCCUGUGGCAGGCUCCCCGGGCGCUUGGCAGCGCUCUGGGGCUGGUGUGGAGGCACCCGCGCACCGGAGCCCGCGGUGCUGCCGCUGCUGCACGUGCCCCGGCAGGCGGCAGCUCCGAGCACGGGGAGAUACCGGGGAGGGAAUGCCUAGAGGCAGGAGGAGGGGGAAGGGAGGCAAGAAGGGCACGGGUUCAGGGAAAGACGAGCAGGUUAAAGAGUCAAACACAGACAUGCAUCAUCAGCAUUUUGUCAGCAAUCUCGUACCCACAGAAACCCUGCUGGCAGCUCUUGCUGGUUAGGGAAGUAGAUGUGGUCCCAGUUCCUCGCUGCAGAUGUUCCUCCUGUCUUGGCAGGAGCGCCCAAAUACUUCAUCCAAGGGAGAGCUGUCCUGCUUGGGUGGAUAAACUGCUGCUGUGGAUAAAUAAGCUGCUUGGGGAAUGGAGCAAAAAGCAGGGAGACUGGAUAUAUGGCAGGCACUUCAUGUUUGCCCAGGGUGUCUAGAGGAUGUCUGCUGUGCUCUCCUGGGGAGCAUCCUCGUGCCAAGGACACGAUGUUCCAGCCAGUGCUGGGAUGUGAGUGAGGAGGAGCCAGCAGGUGGGCUGCAAGUGUGAGGAGAUAAGUGCUAGGAUGCUGUGCCUGGAGACAUGGGCUGGAGCCAGGCAAAAACAGCACAGGGAUGUGUUGGGCAGUGUUUCUGGAGAAAAGAGCCUGGUGGCCCUGCAGAUCAACCUCUUUCUGUAGCUCUGCUUUCCCAAAGCUACAGACAGUGGAGCCCUUGCUCUGUGGUGGUUACAACCUGCCAACUCCUAUCCUAACCUCCCUGAGAGAUACACAUCCAUCUUGUUCAGAAGGAACUUGAGUCACAAUCCAGAAGGACCCUUCUUCCCUCCACUAGACCCUUCAAAAAGGAGAUCGCCUGUGUAUUAGAGCUGAAAGAUCAUUGUUUGGAGGAGAUGCUAAUUAAAAACAUGAAAUAUCUCUUUGAUAGCCUAUCACAACUUUGGUCUCAGCAAAUGAGAAAGAUUACUACACUUGCAAUUACAAAGCCAGAGAUCUAUUUAAACAUCAGGGAUCAGUAGAUUAAUAUUUUGUCAGACCAGAGCAAUAUUUCAACAGAGAAGAUAGGUAGAUAGAUGACAGACAUAUUGAAAGAUCUGAAGAGUGAGUUCAGAAGAGGUGUUCAGAAGAGUUAUUCAUUGCCAUAGAAUGUUUAUUGCAAACAGAUUAUUGAGAAUGCAAGGCAACAGAAACAGAAGAAAUAUAAAAGCUUAAAUAUGUUAUAGACAGUAAGAAGACAUUCAAAUGUCUUAACUAAGGGAAUCUUAACUUAGAAUUAGCUUCUCUGUUAUUUACAGUCUUACCAUUUAUGUCCAUCAGUUAGGAAAAACAUCACACCAAAUGUUCAUAAUUCCUGCUUUACUGUAUCAGAGCAAGGUAGUAGGAUCCAUCUAUACCAGAUAAAAUAAUUUACCAUUUGUAUCUGUGGAGGAUGUGAAACAUCACCUGCUAAAUACAAACGUUUUCAGUUCAGAAGUCUUGGGUCAUGUACACUUCCAGUCUUAAGACCAGUAGCUCAGUACUCUAAUUUCACUAAUUUUAGAUCUUAACAACCUUUGCAAAACUGGAGAGGUGCCAGAGAACGGAUGGAGGGUCAACAUGAAUUAGUACUUAAAAGGGAAUGAUAUGAGACUGGAUAAACAGACUCUGAUCAGGGAUAAAUUAAUGAAAUAGUUACACAGAAACUCUGUCAAUAGAGGUCAAUAAGUAUUUUCCACUGUUCUUCACUGAUCACACACAUCUUGUCUGAUACAGACAAGGUGGAAACAGAGAUGUAAGACAGAUACAGAGCAAGCAGAGGUUUUGUUUCUGGAACAUUAUUUUACUGCCUGAGGACUAACACUGUUUCCAAACACUGUCAUCAGCCUCAGCCCAGAGUUAGCUGACUAUAAGCAGUGACUUGUGCAGUGCGAGACCCUGAGAUGAGAGUUCUUACCUCUCACUUGGGAUGGAGCCCUCUGCCCUCAGACUCCAUGAAAUCCAUAAACUACUGAGAUAACAGCUCCCUUGUGCAAAUAGGAUUUGCAUGCAUGACUUGCUUUUCAAUUGAGGCUGUAGCCACUGCAGGUUUUGAAUUGCACAUGCCCAUGGAGAAGAAAAAAGCCUGCAGUUGGGGCAGUGCCAGCUGGAAACAUUUCAGCACAAGAGGCAGCAGUUUGGAUCUCAGGCAGAUGUUUUAGUCAGCCUCUGGCUAGCCAUUGUUUAAUGGAGCAUGUACCUCAGGAACAUUGAGUUUUGGGAAAGAAAAUCUCUUUCUCCUGGAUGUGCUUGGCUGACAGGUAGCCUUGAGGUGGCUUUGGAAGAUGGACGAGCCACAGAGACCCUCACAGCUGGUGGGAUGACCUCUCAAAGUGUGCUUGCUGUGGUUUUCUAACUCACCUCUCUGCAGAGGAUCAUAGAAUCCUGCAUUUUGAGGUUGGGGUAGUGCCAAAGGAGAGCAUAUGCACAUAAUAAGGAAGGACAAAUAGGUGAAUAAUUUUCUUUUCUGUUCAUCCCAUCUGUGGAAAGCUUAAAUGAUAAGAUGGAAAUCCUGCAAAAUCAGGAGGUGGUACUGCUGCUCUGUGUCCUUUUGCUAUUCAAAGCAGCUUUUUUCUUCUUGAAGAUCAGUACCAGUGCAUAUUUUCCUGUGAUGUUCCUGCCACCCUUGGUGGGGUGAAGGGUGAUGUCAGACUUGCAGAUGCAGCAGAUGAGGUGCUGUUUUGCUGUUCAGCUGAUGUGUAAGGACCAGUGUCACAUUGAGCUCUGUCCUCUGCUCUUCAAAGGGAUGUUUUGAAGCAGCCCCACAGCUGCUGCCCUACUUACUCCUGCCACCAGCUCAGAGGAGCAGUUUACCAACUCCUUAUACAUCUAUCAGAAGCCCAGGAGGGAAAUUUGCAUUGUAUAUGGAUACACGUGCAUAUAUUAAUGAAACAUUUAUCUUAGUGAAGAUAUUUUUCUCAAAAAUAAAAAAUAUUGAGGAAAUUUUUCUCUAAAUCUGUUGGACACUGACUCUCUGCUGAGAUUUUGGAGCAUGAAGGAGCAGAUGGGAAAGUUUCUGCAAUACAUUAAGUAAGAUAAUGUAAAAGGGAGAAUCCACAAUCCUCAUAAAAAUUCAAAUGCUGAAAAAACCACAAGAGAAUGAAGAUUAUAAUAAUUCAGACAACACAUCCUUGAAUGAGAAUGUUUCAGCUUCCUCAUUUGCUCAGUCUCUCAUCUGAUGUCCAAGAGCUAAACGUAAAUGUGGAAAAAGUGAAGUGAAAUAGUUUUUCAGAACUGUUUGAAGCCUUUUGCCUGCAUUCCAGAGCUCAGCUCAGGACUCCACCGGCUGAGGUUUGCACCAGAUCUGUGAGGCCGUGCCUCCCUCUGCUGACUGCCUCUCCAGACCUCUCUCCUUGCCUGCAAAUCAUAAAAGGCCGUGGUUGUUUUCCCCCUCCUGUUGGGCUGAUGUUCCUCCCCAUGUCCCAGGCAAUGACAGUGAAGUCUGAGGAGCUGUUGGAUACAGGCUGCUCACAUCAGCGCCAGCCCCACAGUGCCAGUGCGUGUCAGCCCUUUGUUCCCUUUGUGACAUCUACCCUAUGGGUCCCAGUGCCACUCAUGUUCUCCAUUAACUCUAAAUUAAAGCAUCCUUGUUUAGGAGAAAAACUCUGAAAGUAGUAAGGCAGAGACUCAAGGAAAGUUACCAUAAACUGAGAGAUGCCAGCAGAGACCUUUGGCACUGAAUUUUUAUUUUGUCUUUUUAUGUUUUUAAUUUUUUGGGUGGGGGUUUUGUGUUUGUUUUGUUUGUUUGUUUAGGUUGUUUUGUUUUGUUUUAAAGUUUGAAUGUGUCUGUAACACCACUUGGUACCAGUUUUAAAAUCUUUUGGUCUUUAUAGGCAGUUACUAAGUAAAACUGACUGUGGGAACUGCAGAACUUAAAGGUUUUGGAUUCUCUUCUCCUUUCACACACCCUCUACAGAAACUUCCUCUCAUCUCAGCAGAACUUGUGCCCUCAGCAAAGGCAAGAAAUGUACAAUGUCAGCAUGGCAGGAUUAACUGAAAAUCAUGCCCCUUGCUCUGGGGGGAGGACCAUGCUGGCUGUCCUUGAGCUGGUUGUCCCUUGAUGAUCUGCCAGGGUUGGGUCACCCUUUCUGUAGAGAGAGUCAAACCCAACUCUUCUGGGAUGAUGGAGAGUGUUGUAAAUGUCCUCAAGUUGUGAGCUGAUAGAGAUGAGAUUAAAGUCUAUUCUAACAAACCUAGUUUGUUAGUCAGGUUUCCUUUGGACUUGAAAACACAGAGGAAAACAGCUCCUGGGUGCUCCAGGAGCUUUGUGUUGUGGAAGCUUUGUUAGAAAGCUCCGAGGAAACUGCUAUCCUUUCAAAAUAAAGUGUGCCAAGUAGAAUAGCCCCAGAGCCAUCAUGCUGGGACCUGAGGGCUGUUUUUAUAGUGCAAAAAACAAUUACCAGGCUGUAAUCAGUAACAGCUGUAUUGGGAAACUGAAAUCGCUACAGGGAAGGAGACAGGAGAGCAGGGUCUGCUCUUGCAGGAGCUGAGACUAAGAUAAAUGGCAGCAGAAAGCCCCUGCUACUGAUGAAUUAUGGAAUAAAUUGAUGCAUAGAAGCCCCGGUGCAUUAGAUCACUUGAAAGGACACGCAGAACAUCAGGGAGCCAGGUCAAUGUGGGGCUGAAGGCAGCACUGCCUGCCCAGAUGAGAUACUGACCUCCACCCUGGGACUCCAACAGCCAGCUGGUGAGUUACAGAGGCAGCAGCAUCAGUGACAGUGAUAUAUAAUUAGCCUUGGAAUAUAUUGAAAUUUUCAUAUCUGUGCACCCAGAGUACAGAGAAAAACACAUGAUGACUUCUAUAUAAAUAAAAUAUUAGUCAGGAGAAAGCAUAUAGUCUUUUAUAGUCUGUCUCUCCAAAGCUUUCUUCAAUUUACAGCCCAAAGCUGUUUCUAGGAAGUGAUGCCAGGAAUAUUUUUGAGGAAGGAGAGCUAAAGCUCGGCAUGUAAACCUUGGAACUGCUGUAGCAGAUGCAGCCAGCUGUGAGAAAUGUAUAACAUACUAAAUAAGACCAAGGGAGUUGUGUCCGACCUGAGCAGCACUUCAAGAUUUCCUUUGAUAUUAUUUCCUCCAUUAAAAAGAAGGCUGUUUUUUAUUUCAGACCCGAGAAGCACAGGUACUUUUCACUGAAGACUGAUAUACUUACUUUGAAUUGUAGAAAGAAGUGGAUCUGUUUGGUCUGUUACAUUAGUGGUUCAAUCAGACUCUCACUCAUCAAAUUACAGCUGCUUUCUACUGAGUGGCCACAUCACCCAGGAAGCACUUUGAUGCACAAGUGAGUGGUCCCGGUGGGAGAUGUAGAUUGGUUAAGUGGACAAGAUGUGUAACACUUAAAAAACAAGAUACUAUAACAAAGCAUGGGCUGAGAAGCAAGUAACUCGCCUGUCCCAAUAUUCACUGAUUAUGUGUAAGUAACAAUUUGUGGUUUUCAGCAAGUUUUGCUUGUGUUUUGCAUUUGUUCUGAAUUAUUCCCUGGAUGUUGGAAGGUUUUGUCCCUUUGUCCCACUGAGCCAUAACUCCCAAGUGUAAAUGCAGUACUUGAUGCAGGGCACUCCCACAGUCACCCCCCUCCAGGACUGCCAUGCCCCACCCAGACCCUACAACCCCCUCAGUAUUUAAUCUGGGCACAGCCACAGCCUACUCAGGAAUAUAAUUAAUGUCCAAGUACUGAAAAGGGAGCAUAGAACCAACCGUUCUGUAGGUCAAGAGCACUUGUAUGUCAGGAAGCCACAUCCUUCACACCAUGGGAUUGUUUAUUCCAAGUGGCUCAAGCGGACAUGAAGAGUCUCUCCACUGAGUCCUGGAGACUCUUCUUCCCCAACACUUACCUUGGGAAUGACUGCUGGAGGGUUACAGGAGGCCUUUGUACCUUCCCACCCACUACUUCAGCUCAGGACACAAUCAAGCUCAUUGAAACUGCGAUAAUUUCCACCUUACUUGAAUUCAAGACUUCUCACCUUUGCAGCGGCGGCGCUUUGGUGUCGGAGCUUGUUGAGCGCAGAGGCUGAGAGCAGAUCGAGUGCUCCCGAGCCCUGUGUGCACAGCACAGCCCAGGCCGAUGGCCCAGCAGCACUUGUGACCUAAAAUGACAGAAAUGUUUCGCAAGAGGAGCAGCUGAUUUCACUGGGCUCUUGCUCAACAGCUGGGGAGCUCCCACGAGCCGUGACCAGUGACCUGCGGGGGACCUUGGAUAAUGGGGGGUGACAGGAAUUGGAGCCAUCAACAGCACAACUGCUCUGGCAGUUCCUAUCUGCAACUGCUGUUGUUCUUUCUGGUCUUUUCACCUGCAGACCUGGCCUAUGAAUCUUUUCUGUCCAGCAAGAAGGAAAUGGCUGUCCUGUUUCUGCUAGAUUCCAGUGGUAUUUAGGGGAGUUUGUCUUUUAGGGCAAAAAGCCUUCUGGAAUCCCUGGGAAGGUACAGGGAGAGCAAGGUCAGGGGGAACCACAGAGUUCAUUUGAGCAAAAAACUUAAAAUCUGUCCUGGAAGCCACAACAUUUAAUGCACCUUAAUUGGUUAAUUUUCAUCCUAAAUUGCACUUGGAGAAAGAUUGUAUCCAUCAUGGUCUGGGGGAUAUCCAAGAGGAAAGCAAUUUUCUGAGACCAAGUGAUAUAAAUAGAAAAAAUGAAAACAAUUAAAAAGUAAAAAAACCCCAAACCAAUAAAAAUU